AUGCCCCACAAGAGCCCACCAUGCCCCGAGAGCACGUCAAGAGCCCACCAUGCCCCGAGAGCACAACAAGAGCCCACCAUGCCCCGAGAGCACGUCAAGAGCCCACCAUGCCCCGAGAGCACAACAAGAGCCCACCAUGCCCUGAGAGCACAACAAGAGCCCACCAUGCCCCGAGAGCACAACAAGAGCCCACCACGCCCCGAGAGCACAACAAGAGCCCACCACGCCCUGAGAGCACAACAAGAGCCCACCAUGCCCCGAAAGCACAACAAGAGCCCACCACGCCCUGAGAGCACAACAAGAGCCCACCAUGCCCCGAGAGCACAACAAGAGCCCACCACGCCCCGAGAGCACAACAAGAGCCCACCACGCCCUGAGAGCACAACAAGAGCCCACCAUGCCCCGAGAGCACAACAAGAGCCCACCACGCCCCGAGAGCACAACAAGAGCCCACCACGCCCUGAGAGCACAACAAGAGCCCACCAUGCCCGAGAGCACAACAAGAGCCCACCAUGCCCGAGAGCACAACAAGAGCCCACCAAGCCCCGAGAGCACAACAAGAGCCCACCAUGCCCGAGAGUACAACAAGAGCCCACCAUGCCCCGAGAGCACAACAAGAGCCCACCAUGCCCCGAGAGCACAACAAGAGCCCACCACGCCCUGAGAGCACAACAAGAGCCCACCAUGCCCCGAGAGCACAACAAGAGCCCACCACGCCCUGAGAGCACAACAAGAGCCCACCAUGCCCCGAGAGCACAACAAGAGCCCACCACGCCCUGA